AUUAGUUCGCAUAUUCGAAAUGAAAUUACGUAGGCAAUUGUGCAAUUGUUAUUGGGACUACGAAGCAAUUGGGUUGUCAAAUUCAUCCGUAACAUGACGUAGAGUACAAUUCCCUUUAUUGCAUUAUUCCAGUUCGGAUGAUCGCAUAUCACCUCUCAAUUAGUCCACAAAGGAUCGCGUAAAUGUAUUUCAGAGUAGGAGAAGCAGAUUUAAUUUACCUACGUACCUACUAUUGUUGUUCUGAAAAUUUCAUUCAAAAUCUAAACAUUUGCCAGUCGAGUGAAAUUAAUUUGCAACCGAUAACUCUAGAAAUAAACUAGCAUUGUAUUUUAACAUUCAUAAAAAUGAGUAAUGUAUCGAGAAACGUACGUGUUAGUGGUGUUGUUGGCGUGGAUUGAAAGUCAAAAGAUUGAAGUUACAGUCAAACAAGGAAAAAUCUUAGGUAGCAGGGAAGCUACAGUGUUUAACAAAAGACUGUACUUUAUAUUCUAUCGAGUUCCUUACGCUCAACUUCCUACUGAAGAACUUAGAUUUAAGGACCCUGUGCCACACAAAAAAUGGCCUCGAACCGUGGAUGGGAGGAUUCAAUUCCACGGGACCUGCGCUCAAGCUCACAUCGUUCACAAAGAUGGACUGUUCGGAGUUGAAGACUGUCUUUACCUCAACAUUUUCACCCCUGAGAUUCCAAAAUCAGAAGACGCCAAACUGAAACCUGUUAUAGUCUGGCUUCACGGAUAUGCAUUCACAUCAAGUUUUAGUCACCUGCACGGAGCUGAUUUCCUUAUAGAUAAUGACAUCGUGUUAGUUACUGUAACACAUCGGAUCGGAGUAUUUGGAUUCAUUAAACUGAACGACACCGACUCUCACGCUAAUAUGGGACUGAAAGAUAUAGUCAUGGCUUUGAAAUGGAUAAGAACGAAUAUAAAACACUUUGGUGGCAAUAAAAAGAACAUAGUACUUAUGGGAAACAACUCCGCGGCAACUUUUAUAACACUCCUAAUGAUGACAGAUGCAAGCAAAUUGUUUUCAAAAGUUAUUUUACAAAGUGGUGCAAUAUAUUCUGCUUCUAUGUUUCAAAGUAACUUCACCUUAGAGAGACGGCGAUUGAAACGUGAUCUUAAAAAGAAGGGAUUGAAAUUGAGCAAAGCUACAACUAAAGAGCUCGUCGAUGCUUCGAGAAACAUUUAUUCACGAUCAGAAAUUGAAAACUUUCAAAGACCGAUCGUGCCUUUUACGCCUGUAAUUGAACCAGAAUCGAAAUCAGCGCUACUAACGCGAGCUCCUACAGAUUUUUAUAAUGCAAUGAAAAGCAAAAAGUUUAAUAAGCCAGUUUUAAUAGGGUUUAACACACAGGAAAGCAUAUCGGAAGCUAUCCCGUUUAUUCACAACCCGAGUUUCCUUAAACCACUGUCUAAGUUGUUUAAGUUCAUGGUGCCAUUUCAAGAUGGAUGCUGGUACAAUAGUUCGUCGCAAAAGUAUAAACAUAUAUCCAAUAAAAUUAAAAACACAUAUUUUAAAACCGGUAUUUCGGAAAAGUCUUUGGAUAAUUUCUUGAGAUACACAUCGGACCUAAUAAAAUAUCCUAUCAUUAAAUUUAUACGAACUUAUUUAAAAGUAGGAAAAGGGAACAUAUUUACGUACAAAUUCGAUUAUAGGGGAACUCUAAACGCCGUCAAAGCGACUUCACUCGGCGAAUCAAAUACUAAAGUGAAGGGUGUCGCAUCUGGAGAUGAAAUAUGUUACGUGCUAAAAUGUGAGGCGCUUUGGGAAAACUACGUGAAAAUGACUCGAUUCGAAGUCAACACCGACAAAACAUUUAUCAAAAACAUGGCGGACUUGUGGUCUAAUUUUGCCAAAUAUGGAAACCCGACUCCUAAAUCGUAUGUUGGAAAUGUAACAUGGCCUUCCAUGAAAUUAGAAGGUGAUAAUGUACUGCUCAUGAGAAAGAUGUACAAAAUGAUAGAUUUUAAAGUUGAGAAUUCAGUGUUCGCGUUCUGGAACCGUAUAUACGAAACAUUUUACGACAAAUCUCUUUGUAAAGUAAAGGAGAAGAAGCGUGAUGAAUUGUAAUGAAUAGAAAUUA